UACAUCUAUCGAGGCUCUCCCACCAUAUCUUGUCCUGCUUCAAGUUGUUCUCUUCUCUCCAUUUUGAUCAACAAGUUUACCACCAUUCUCGCUUACCCUCGUAAUCACUUGCUUACCUCUACCCUCUACCCCAACGACAAACAUCACAACAGUUUGUCCAACAUCAAGCAGCCGAGGCGAGACACUGCGACCUUUGCGAACGAAGGUCCACCGGCCACGUAUUUGAGUCUCGGCGUUGGAAAAGGCAGGAAGGAGGCCGUAAAUGUCAUCAUGGGCAAGGAUGACCGUCUCCUUGUCGUUGUUGAGCGGCGACUCCAUUGCUCAGAUACAGAGGACCUUUGGACAACAAAUUGCCCCGGGCUAAUACAAACGUUAAAGAACAUUGCAAACGUCAGCUGCCUCUAUGAUGUGCCAGCAACCAUCCCGGCGGUUCGGCUUUCGCCUGUUAAUAAGCCUGGGGUCAACCUGCUACUGACAAAGGCAAGAAAAGAGAACGAGGGAAGGACGGAGAGGGCGCUGGGAUGA